CCGUCCUCCCGCGCGUCCAGGGGUGCUGGCUGCCCUUCACCGAGGCGCGCUAACGGACGCGGUGGCUUAGAAACGCGCUGUCCCUGCCCGCCCGCCACACCCGACCCCGGAGAGAGUGAAGGGCUGGGCGCAGUCACCGCACCGCGCGUCCUGGUUCUCGGCCGGCCGGCGCGCGCCUGCGCGCACCUGCUCGCCUCAUCCGAGCUCGGGUUCCUGGAGGACUCCCUGCAGUCCUGGGCUACACAGGCGCUCUCCCGAGGGCUCAUCUCCGCUUCUAUCGCUUUAGAACUACAUGUAGAGUUUUGUUUUGUUUGCAAUUCUGCCAUUUUUUAAAUAUAAAAAAGUCUCCGAAUGAUGUUCCAGGAACACCUUGCUCACUUCCGACAGAGAAAAACAAAAGGUGACUGUGUGCAUUCGAAGAAAAAGACGGCGAAGAGGAAGGGCUCGGCUGUCGAUGCGCCUGUCCAGGAGGAGAGUCCGGUAGCUGCCGAGGGUGGACUCCAGGGAGGAGGGGAUGUUUGCAAAAGCACAUCGUGGGGUGACACCCCUAAUGGGGCAAGAGUGGUUCAGCUGGAAGACCCCGAUGGAGAGAGGACAGGGGACAUGGAGCAGCCGCAGCGGGCACUGGAUGGUGACGGUCUGGAACAGCCUGGGGUCAUCACAAAGGAAUGUGGACAAGAAUGUAAACGUGAAAUUGCUGAACUGAUAAGCGGACAACAAGAGGAGACUGGUGGACAGCAGCGGGCAACGGUGGAGCCUCAGCAGCCGGCAGAGACGCAGCUGCAGAGCCAGCCGGUCCCCUCCCUGGAGCUGGAGGCGCUGCGCCUGAGCCUGAGCCACAUGCACACGGCGCAGCUGGAACUGACGCAGGCCAACCUCCAGAAGGAGAAGGAGACGGCGCUGACGGAGCUGCGGGAGAUGCUCAACGGCCGGCAUGCGCAGGAGCUGGCCCUGCUGCAGAGCAGGCAGCAGCUGGAGCUGCAGCUUGUCAGGGAGCAGCACGCCCGCGAGCUGGAGGAGGUGGCGCUGCGCUGCAGCCAGGAGACAGCUGAGCUGAAGGAGAAGUUGCAAAUAGAAGUGGAGAAAAAUGUCCAGAUGAUGGAGACCCUGAAGCAAGACUGGGAAUCUGAGAGAGAUUUAUGCUUAGAAAACCUAUGCAAAGAAUUAUCUGGAAAGCAUCAGUUGGAAUUGGAGAAUUUACAAAACCAGUUUAAGAAAGAAUUGGCGGAACAGAAAGCUGAGUUGGAGAAGAUGUUUCAGGCCAAAAAUGAGGCUGAAUCUUCCCUUAAGACUCUGGAGGCUCAACAUGAAGCAGCCUUGAGAAGGCUACACGAGGACCUGCGGUCUGAGCGCUGCCAGUACUUAGAAGACUUGGAACUGAAAUUCAAAGAAAAGGAAAAAGAAAAACAGCUAGAGUUAGAGACUCUUCAAGCGUCAUAUGAAGAGCUGAAGGCUCAGUCGCAGGAAGAUAUCAGGCGCCUGUGGUCCCAGCUUGAGUCUGUGAGAACCAACACACGGGAGCCGGGUGAGUUAAAUGAGCAGCCCCUGGCUCGAGCGUCUCACCUGAAAGAAUUAGAACACCUAAAGCGAGCCUUUGAGGAGCAGCAGCAGCGAGAGAGAACGGAGCAUGAAUCCGAACUAGAACAAUUGAGAAUUUAUUUUGAAAAGAAAUUAAGGAAUGCUGAAAAAAAUUACCAAGAAGACCUGACUUUAUUACAGCAACGGCUGCAGGAGGUGAAGGAAGACUCUCUUCUGGAGUCUGCGGAAAUCAGUUCAUCCAGUGCAUUUUUAGAAGAGCCAUCUGAAAAAGACAGAAGAGACCAACUUGAUCAACUCGGCCUUCAGCUGGAACAACAUGAGGAGAGCCUGUGUCUGCACACACCAUUAGAAGAAGACCACCGGGGCCGAGUCACAGCAGUGAAGUCCUCUCCAGAAGUCCAGCAGGAGGCGGAACUCACAGGGGCCCGGGUGUUGGAAAGGGAGCAGCAUGCAGGGCUCUCGGAAGAGUCUGGCCAAGAGCGUGCUCGGGUCUGUCUCAGGUAUGCACAGGACACAGCCUUGGAGGUGGAGACGGAGGUGGCAGCCAGAGUCUUGAGUUUGGAAACCGAGCACAAGGUUAAACUCUCACUUCUUCAAACAGAGCUCAAGGAAGAAAUUGACCUCUUAAAAAUAGAAAAUAGAAAUUUGCAGGAGAAGUUGCAGUAUGAAACUCGCCUGAAAGAGGACUUGGAGAAAGUAAAGCAUGAUUUAGUUGAAGAUCACCAGGAGGAACUGAAGAAAGCUAAGGAGAAGAUUCAGCUAAUGCAACAAGAAUUCAAAGAAAGAGAAGCAGAGUGGAAAGUUACAAAUGAGGACCUAAAGGGAAAAGCUGAAGAGAAGUUAACACUGAUGCUCCUUGACCUGAGAGAACAGGCGGAGUCUGAGAAGCAGUCACUAAUAAACAAGUUUGAGCUUCGAGAAAUCACAAUGAGACAACUUCAGGACCAGCAGGCGGCCCAGAUCCUGGGCCUGGAGGGGUCCCUGAUGGAGCAGCAGGGCCGCCUGCGGCAGCUGGAGCUUGAGCUUGCCGGGGACGAGUCUCUGCAGUGCAGCCAGUGCGGCCGGGAGCCAGGCGGUGGUCUAGCCCCCACAGACCAGGACCGGGAGCUCGCCACGCUCCGCCUGAAAGAGGACUGUGCCUUCCAGCUAAUGUUGGCCCAGAACAGGUUUUUAGAAGAACGUAAAGAAAUCACAGAGAAAUUCACUGCGGAACAAGACGCCGUCCUGCAGGAGGCCCAAGAGAAGCAUGCUAGCGAGCUCCAGCUCCUCCAGGAGAGACACCAGCAGCACGUUCUGUCCUUGACGACGGAGCUCCAGACCAAACACCAGGCUGAGAUUGAUGAACUGAAGGCUUCAUUUGAGAGUGAACGGUGGGCUCUUUCAGAAGCUCGUGUAGCUGAAUUGCAGACAAAACAUGCUGCUGAAAUCAGUGCUUUGGAGAUGAGACAUUUGUCAAAUCUGGAUUCUUUGGAAUCUUGUUACCUGUCUGAAAUUCAGGCCAUACGGGAUGAGCAUAGGCGAGCCCUAGAGCUGUUGCGAGUCGACCUUGAGGGACAACUGCAGAAAAAGGAUUCUUCUCACCAAAUGAUUUUGGCUCAGGAGUUAGAGAAACUUAAACUGAAACAUGCCGAAGAGCUUCAGUCUGCCAAGGACAGCCUGAGAAUUGAAAUGAGCACUCAACAUGUGGAAAGUCGGAAAGUCCUGGUCGCUGAGCUUCAGGGGGCACAGCAGAGUGCCCUGCUUCCCGCAGAGCUCGAGGCCCAGUGCCCCGCUCUCCUGGCCCAGCUGGAGGAGGACAAGCAGCAGCAGCUCGCCUCUCAGGCAGAGACUGAGCUGCGGACGUGCCCGUCGGAAGCGUCAUUUGAGCAGAAGACCGCACAGCUAAAGGGUGAAUUUGAAAGUGAAAAGAAAGCUGCUUUGCAUGAAAAAGAGGAGAUACACAGACUUGAGUGUGAGCAAGCUCAGCGUUUCUACCAAAAGGAGAAAGAGUCUUUGUCUCUUCAGCUUCAGGAGAAGAGUAACCAGAUCCUGCAGCUGAGAGACCAAAUUUUAACCCUAAGCCGUGAGAUAGAAGAGCACCGUUCUGCCCUGGCACAGCUACAGCAACGGCGUGAGAGGGAGAACCAGGAGGGCACGCGCCUCAUCUCCAUGCUCAAGUCCGACAUCGACCUGGCACACACGGAAAGGAGAGCUCUGCGGGAUGCCCUGAGGAGGCUGCUGGGUUUGUUUGGAGAGACGCUGAAGGCUGCCAUCUCCCUGAGGAGCCGGAUCGGUGAGCGCGUGGGGCUCUGUCUCGAAGACGAGAGCCCACCCGACAUGCAGCUGGUGGGCCAGGCCCCAUCUGCAGCACCAGCACUUGAUGAGACGUGGCCUGGGUGUGAUGCGGCCCUGCCAGAACUGGACGGAACUUUGCCAGAAUGCGCUGAGAUGUCUUCAGUGGCUGAAAUUAGCAGUCACGUCUGUGAAAGCUUUUUUAUGAGCCCAGAAAGUACGCUGGAAUGUGAGCAGCCAAUUAGGAGAAUCUACCGGAGCCUUGGCCUGGCAGUGGACGGCCUCCUGGAAAUGGCCCUGAACUCCAGCAGGCAGCUAGAGGAAGCACGUCAGAUUCAUUCUCGUUUUGAGAAGGAAUUUAGCUGUAAGAAUGAGGAGACACUACAGGUCGUUAGAAAGCACCAGGAGUUACUGGAGCGCCUGGAGGAGGAAAAUGCGGCCAAGACGCGGCUGAUGCUGGAGCUGCACAAGGCGGAGGGUGUCAUCGAGGGGUUCAAGGUGGAGAAGGCCAGCCUGCAGGAGGCACUGGGCCGGAAGGAGGCAUCCGAGCAGGGGCUCGUUGUCGAGCUGGAGAGCCUGAAACAGCAGCUCCAGCGGGUAACCCAGCAGCAGGCAGAGCUGAAGGAGGAAAACUCCACCCUGUGGAGCCAAAAGGAGGCCUUGGCUGCAGGAGCUGAAGAGAGAGAAGCUGCUCUUCGGAGGGAAGUGGAAUAUCUAGCCAAGGAGCAGUCGGAGACCAGGAAACAGUCUGAAAAGGACCGCUCAGCUCUGCUGUCCCAGAUGAAGGUGUUAGAGGCUGAACUGGAGGAGCAGCUCUCUCGGCAUCAGGCGUGCUCCGGGCAGGCCGCGGAGCUCUCCGCCCUGCGGCAGCAGAUGGAGUCUCUGGACAAGCACUUGCGUAGCCAGCGGCAGUUCAUGGAUGAGCAGGCCGUCGAGAGGGAGCAGGAGCGCGAGGACUUCCAACAGGAGAUUCAGAGGCUGGAGGAGCAGCUCCGACAGGCGGCCAGGCCGCAGCCCUGGGGCCCCCGCGACAGCCAUCGGGCACAGCUGGAUGAGGAGGUUGAAUUGUUACAAGAAAAAUUGAGAGAAAAGUCAGAUGGACUUAAUGAAUUGGUUAUAAAGAAAGAACUGGCAGAUAGACAAGUAUUGAUCCAGGAAGAGGAAAUUAAACAUCUCGAGGAAAUGAAUGCCAACACCAGAAGGAAAGUGAUCCAGCUCCAAGAAGAACUGGAAAAGCAGAGAAAAACUGUGAAAGAGUUACAGCAAGAUAAAGAGGCAUUACAGGAACAGCAGAUGAGUAACUUGCUUCUGGUGUCCACACUGCAGUCUAAACUAGAUGAGGGCAAAUGCCCCGUGCCUCCUGUGGACAGCCGUCCCAAGGGCCCAGAAGUCCAGUUAGAGGCGGUGCAGAGGGCACUCCUGCAGCGUGAGAGCGAGAUUCUGGACUUAAAAGAACAAUUAGAAAAGAUUAAAGAUGACUUAGUAAGUAAAAACGAAGAAGUACUACAUCUGACCUUAAAAUUAGACAUGCAGAACAACCAUAGUGCCGUCAGUGUCAGAGAACUUCAGGAGGAGAAUGCCAGUUUGAAGGCAUUUCUGCAGAACAAAGAAAGGGAGAUAAAGUGUGUGAGUGAGCAGCUCGAGGCGCAGCUGGCUGGGAUGGGAAGCAGCGCUUUCAGUGAGGUUAUGGAUAACAGAAGUUCUGAAAUCGAGGAGCUGAAAUCCAUUAUUGAGAACCUGCAGGAGAAUCAAGAACGAUUGCAGAAGGAUAAAGCAGAAGAAAUUGAACAACUCCAUGAAGUCAUUGAGAAGCUGCAGAGCGAGCUCUCCCUUGGGGGCCCUGUGGCGCGUGAAGUCAGUGACUGUCACGCUGAAGACCUGCAGAGUGAGCUGGAUCGCGGGCUGCGCUGCCUCCAGGCGGAGGGAGCGGGGGCCCACGCAGCUCUGGAGGGCGAGCUCCGAGCUGCACUCGCUGCCAAGGAGGCCCUGAGCCAGCUGCUUGCUGAGCAGGAGUGCAGGCAUGGCCAGGCCCUGGAGGCGCUGCAGCAGCGCCUGCGGGGUGCGGAGGAGGCUGCCGCGAGGCAGCUGGCAGAGCUGAGGCACAGCACGGCCCUCAGGGAGGCCGAGGUCCAGACCAUGGCCUCCCAGAUCCAAGAGUUUGAAGCUGCUCUCAAAGCAAAGGAAGUGAAGAUUGCAGAGAGAGAUUUGGAAAUUGAGGCCAUGAACAGACAGAAAUCUACCUACUCCACCGAGCUGGAGACCAUCCUGUCGGCCUUCACCCGCUUUCGCUGCGCCCUGGAGCAGCAGCCCCUGGCUGCCGCGGGCGAGCCCCCUGAGCUGCAGCGGCUCCGAGCCCAGUGUGUCCGCCUCAGCCGCCAGCUGCACGCACUGAACCAGCGGUUCCUGAGGUGCCAGAAGGAGCUGGACAAGCAGCAGGUGCACGGGGCGCUCCCACACCCUCGUGUGGAGGGCUGCUCCCAGGGACGGGGCCCCUGGAGUGAAGAGGCCUCCUGUGAUGAAGAGUCAAAAGAGGAUGUGGGCAGCAGGCAGCUGACCACAGCCCCCCAGGGCCAUGGCGGUGACCCACAGGUUGGCCUCGAUUCCCCUGCAGGCCCACAGAGUCCAGUUAAGGAUGAUUUGCAGCCUGCUAAAGCCCUGGAGAUGUUAAACCACACAGGUCUCCACAAACAAGACAGCGUGGUGUCGGUGCUCACGGCCUGCCAGAGGCAGCUGGAGUCUGAGCUGCUCUUGGUGAAGAAGGAAAUGCGCUUGCGUGCGGGGGACCAUGGCACAGUGUCGGGAAGAGCGAAGGAUAAGAAAAAACUACUGGAAGGAUGUCAGCUGCAGCGAGUUGAUCUCAUAACUCAGGUGAAGCAACUUCAAGAAAAAUUGAACCAUCUGGUACAUUCUAUGCACUUCCCAAACAUCGAGGCAGAGGACUUUAAAUCUCAACAGCCAUUGGCAUUUUCACAUGUUCUUGAAAAUAGUUCAAGUGAUAGUUCCAAAAACAGUGAAGAAACUGACAAAUCGCCUCCUAUUGAUGCAUUGAAUAUUGAUAAAACCACAUGGGAUCUAAUUGACGUUAUUGGAAAUCAGGAUUCCUUGCUAAGAAAUGAAUUGCCAGAUGUUCCCUUGGAAGAUAAGGGUGAUUUGCAGGAUGGGUCACUUUCUUUACAAGCGAGCUUGCACAGUAGCUCACGUGACCUAACCCACACCGAGGGGGCGGAGCCCUUGAAGAACGUGCUCAGUGCGAUGGACCUGUCCUCCUGGAGCUCCCCUGAGGUCAUCCGGAAGGACUCGACCCUCAAGCCCCCACCCAGCCUUCCCCUGACGCCCUGCUCCGAUGCCCUGAGCCAGCUCAGCCUGGAUGCCUCCCUGCGGGACAGGACAAGUGCCUCACUGCUCCAGGCUGACCAGUCAGGGCUGCUUUGUUACCCGGGCAGGUCAGCAGCAGGAAAGGCUCCUAGGUGGGCAGAGUCUCCAUUGACUACGGACAGGGCUCCCUCCCCUGACCACCAAGUGCAGCGGAUGGCUGUGGAGAAAGAUGUUGAAGAUUUUAUCAUAACGUCUCUUGAUGCUCAAGAAAAGUCCAGAUCAUCUCCUCUUGGAUUAGAAGGAAGAAGCGAUGGAAGUGAGAACAGUGAUGGCUCAGGGUUUGGCGAGAUACUAAACCAAGGUUUGGGAAGACUCAAAACUCCCACUACUAGUCCUGCAGCUCCUCCUCUCACCUCUAGAAGGUUCCGACGGCCCCUGGAAGCCAUGAAGGAAGUCCACCCGAAGCAAGUGAAGGCCUUGCUGCAGAGGGUGUGUGAUGAGAGCUACCACAUACUGGCCUUGUCUGAGUACCGCGGACCCCCCAGCACCCACCUCGAGCACUUCCCAGGGGAAGGCCAGGGCCAGUUGGAGGCAGUGCCAGCUCUGAGGGGGCAUCCGACGCCAGCACCCCAAGAGCGAGAAAAGGAACCUCCCGACGUGUGCCUCGACUGGAGAGGAGAAUUUCUGCAGGUUGUCCAGGAGGCCUUUGAAAAAGAACGGGAGAUGCUGAAAGUUGAACUGCAGCCCCAACCCUGUGGCUCUGACCCCAGCGACUACAGCUCCCUAUUGGAGAGGCUGGAGAGGGUGGUCCAAGAGCAGGAAGACCUGCAGGAGAAGUCCCUGGAGCACCUUCGCCUGUCCGACAGGAGCAGCUUGCUGUCGGAGAUCCAGGCUCUGCGCGCCCAGCUGCGCAUGACGCACCUGCAGAACCAGGAGAAGCUGCAGCAGCUGUGCGCGGCACUAACCAGCGCGGAGGCCCGUGGGAGCCGCCAGGAGCACCAGCUGCGCAGACAGGUUGAGUUACUGGCGUAUAAGGUGGAGCAGGAGAAAUGUAUAGCAAGCGACCUACAGAAAACCCUGAACGAAGAGCAGGACAAAGCAAACGCUGUUCGGAAGCUCCUGGUGGUGGAACAGAAUGCCGUCAGAGAUUUGAAAUCUGAGCUAUGUGAGUGUAAGCAGGACAACGAGCGGCUAUUAGCAUCCCUCAAUGACGUGCAGAAGGAGGUCCUGCAGCUGAGGUCCGUGCUGGACAGUAAGGAGAAUGACCUGAAGGCUGCACUCCAGGAGCUGGAGAGCGAGCGCGUGAAGGAGCGCGCCCUGCAGAGCCAGCUGGAGGAGGAGCAGCUGCAGCACCUGCAGAGGGAGGGCCAGAGCUCCAAGACCCUGGAGGAGUUAAGAAUAUCUUUGGAGAAGCAGUAUGCUCAGAGUAAUCGACUGUGUGUCGCAUUAAAACACGAGCAAACAGCAAAGGACAAUCUUCAGAAGGAGCUGCAGAUCGAGUCCUCACGCUGCGAGGCGCUGCUGGCGCAGGAGCGGAGCCAGCUCUCUGAGCUGCAGAAGAGCCUGGAGGCUGAGAAGGGACGCUCGCUGGAGCUGUCUGAGGCCUUACACCGCGAGCGCCUCCUGACGGAGCAGCUGAGCCGGAGGACGCGGGAGGCCUGUGCUCACCAGGAGACACGGGUGCACCGUGCUUUGCUGCGGAAGCUGAAGGACGAGAAGUCCCGUGGGGGGGAGUUGCAGGCCACGCUGGAGAAGGUGCAGCAGCAAGCUGUGCGCUCUCAGCGACAACUGGAGGCCGAGGUUCAGAAGCGCUGUGAGGAGCUCAAGAAAGAGAAGGAGGUAAGUGCCACGCUGAAGUCCACCGUGGAGGCCCUGCAGACCCCAAAACCAGAGCUGAGACCUUACCUGGAGAGAGAGGGGGAGCAGCCCGCAUGGCUACAGACAGAGUUAGAGCAGUUACACACGGGACUGGCAGAGCAAGAAGGACAUGAGGACACAAGGAGAGCGGAGACGAGGCAGAGCCGAGCAGACGUGGAGAAGUGGAAGAAGUGGCAGAGAGACAAGGAGAAACUGCGAGAACUAGAGUUACAGCGCCAGCGGGAUGAGCACAAGAUCAUGCAGCUGCAGCAGACGGUCAGGGAGCUGGAGGCGAAGGAGGCGGCGCAGCUCUGCCCCGAGUCCCAGCGUCUGCGAGAGCAGCAGCAGGGCCUGGAGAAGGUUCGGCGGCAGCUGCUCUGGGCUGCUGGGCUUCUGACCAGCCUCCUCAGCCAGACCGUGGACAGGACAAUUAAUGAUUGGACGGCAUCAAAUGAGAAAGCAGUGACAUCUUUAUUGCGUACGUUAGAUGAACUCAAGUCCGAAUUGAGCACGUCCAGCUCCUCCCAGAAAAAAAUGACAGCAGAGCUACAGAUCCAACUGGUGGACGUCUUGCUGAAAGACAACGACUCCCUUACGAAAGCUCUCGGUGCAGUGACGCAGGAGAAGGCGGAGCUGUGCAGGGCUGUGUCCCAGCUGGAAAAGACCCUGAAGCACCACCUGCUGAAGGGCUGUGCGCUGAGGAGGUCAGACAGGUCAGCAUGGAAGCAAGACAGGAUGGUCCUGCAGAGCUCACCACAACACCCAGACCCAGGACUGCCCACGCCGGCUGCAAGCGAGGAAGCGAAAGUCUCCAACAUCAAAAUGGAAAAAUUGUACUUGCAUUAUUUGAGAGCAGAGAGCUUUAGAAAAGCUCUGAUUUAUCAAAAGAAGUAUCUUUUACUGUUGAUUGGUGGAUUCCAGGACUCUGAACAAGAAACACUCUCCAUGAUUGCUCAUUUGGGAGUAUUUCCUUCCAAAGCAGAUAAGAAAGUUACUGCAUCCCGUCCUUUUACAAAGUUUCGAACUGCGGUCAGGGUGGUGAUUGCAAUAUUCAGGUUACGUUUUUUGGUUAAGAAAUGGCAAGAAGUAGAUCGGAAGGGAGCUCUGGUGCGAGGCAGAGCGCCCCAGCCAGUGAUUCUGGGGGAAGGAUUCCUGGGGUCACAGCAGCAGCAGUCUCCACCUGAAACCAGUGAAUCCCCAACCCGGGACAUGUCUUCCAGCCACGCCAGGGACCCUGUGCCAAAAGCCUCACCUCGCAGGAGGGAAAGAUCCAACCUAUCUCCAAAUUCAAGAUCAGAAAGAUCCCUGACUGCUUCUGAAGAUCCGGAACAUUCCUUGACGGAAUAUAUUCACCAUUUAGAAAUGAUCCAGCAAAGGCUAGGGGGGGUACCACCAGAUUCCACUUCAAAGAAAUCCUGCCGCCAGAAGAUUAAACAAUGAAUAAAAUCCUCGUGGCUCUUACCUGUGACAAUUCUAUUUGAGGAAAAGAUUUGUUUUUCCUGUUGCUAAGAAAAGCUUGUUGUGUGGCAUGGUGUUCUGAGCGAUGCCCAGACCCCUCAUGUGCCUGAGAUGCCAGCCCCUGAAUGCCAUUAAUUGCAUUGCUGCAAAGCCAAAUGGAGUCUUUUCUAUGUAAUUUCAGUACAUUUUAGCUCCUUACCUUCAUGAGGUGGCGUGUGUGCUCCAGAGUGUCAGGCAUCUGCCUGGUUCUGUGCAUGUUGGCAGAGCCACCUGUCUGCCUCCAAGAGAGGUAAGCAGAGAAUGGCUUCUUGUGGUUUAUUUUCUUAAAUUGUACAGAUGGAAACUUGGUUUAAAAACAAAAAGAAUGAAAUUAAAGUACUGUUUUAUUUGUGAACA